AUGCCAUCGAAAAAGGGUGCUGCUGAAAGUGGCGCUUCGAAAAAAGGUAAUGUGGGAAAGAAGGAAUGCAAAGGUGGUACCGCGAUCAAAGUCAGACAUAUUUUAUGCGAAAAACAUGGGAAGGCAAUGGAAGCCAUUGAGAAAUUGAAAUCUGGUUCGAAGUUCAACGAAGUAGCUGCGGAUUACAGUGAAGAUAAGGCUAAAUCGGGAGGUGAUCUCGGUUGGAUGAUUCGUGGAUCGAUGGUAGGUGCAUUCCAGGAUGCUGCGUUUGCUCUUCCGAACAGUACUGUUGAUAAACCCGUGUAUACUGAUCCACCAGUAAGAACGCAAUUCGGUUAUCAUAUCAUCAUGGUUGAAGCUAGGAAGUGA